AUGGCUUCUACUCGAUCGCCGUCGCCUGCCGAAGGUACUUCCGCUCCCACAUCACCGCAAUUGUCGCCCCGGUCCAAAAUCAAGGCUUUGUUGGCGACCGUCAGUGACGCCGACUCGGAUGACGAGUCUGUUGGUCCAAUUGACCUAAAGACUAUAUCCAAGUCCGCCGAAAGAAACAUAAUCAAUAGUAAAGUAUCGGUUACACAAGAUGAUGAGAGUGAUGAAGAAGAGGAAGAGAUUGUCAGACCUCGGGGACGACUUGCUGGGCGAAUGAGAGCCGAAGACACAAAUAAAUCGGUUACGAAUAUUGAUAAUAAUGGUGGAUCACCGAACUCGGACGACGAUGGAGAAGAAGAUAUAAACGCCCUUCCGCGUAGACGGCUAGCUAGGCCUAAUCGACAGGCUACGCCAGAGAUCUCAGCAAACCCAGAAAAGUCCCCGUCGCCUGGUCUCUUCGUCACGCCGGCACCCGAAACUCCGGGAGCUCUCCGUCAAUCCGCAGCCGAAUCCGAUACAGAUGAUGAGCUGCCGCCCAUUGCAGGAAAGAGUGAACGUUUCAUGGCAUUGCUAGCUAAGAAGCGAGAAGAAAGGCUUGCUAAGGAGGCAGAAAAGAAGCGUAAGGAUCAGGAACGUGCGGAACGAAUGGCCGAGCAGGUUCCCGCCGAUGACGAGGUCGACGACGUAUCUGACAUCACAGACGAUGAUGGUGGACGCAAGCUCACGCAAGAUGUUUCCCGUCCUGCAGCUCGUAAAGCUAGCAAGAAGGCUUUAGAGGAGAUGAACCGCGAGACCCAACGAAUAAGUCGAAGUAUGCAACUUGCUCACGAAGCUAAGACUAAGAAAAAGAUAACCAAAGAUUCGCUAUUUGAGCGUUUCAAUUACAAAAGGGGGGCGGCGCCUAAGAUCAACAAACCUACCAGUUCAAGCCGACCAACAACCCCUGGUUCACAGCAUACUGAUGCCGACGUGGUGGAUGCUGGAACUCCCCCCAGCUCUCCACCCGUAGCCCCAAAAUCUGUACAGGAUAAUGAUGCUACACCCAAGGCUCCAGCUACUAGCGUGCAGUUAGAUGUGGUAGGAGAGGAAGAUGAUGAGUUACCUAGCUUGGAAGACGUAUUAGCACAAAGCAAGAAGCAAGAUAAGGGAAAGGGGAAGGCUAUCGAACCCACAGUCGAACCCGCCGAAACGAAGACAGUAGCGGCUAAACCGGGACGCCAAAUCCGUGUCAAGAUGCCUCCGACUCAGGCAAACCUGGUCACGAUAGAUUCCGACGACGAGCUAGAAAUCACUAGCUCUAAGAAAGGAAGGAUGGAUUCGAUUUUUAACAAACUCCCUGAGAAAAAGGCGCAAGAAUCCAACUCUAUGAAUGUGCUACGUCGCCUAGCUCAUCUCUCCUCGCCUCCGAGAGAACCCAAACGAGGUCGUAGAGCCAAACCGUCAAUGACUCCUGCCGAGCUUCAGAUGUCUCUACAACAACGCGCCAGGGCCCAGGCUAAACUUGAACGAGAUCGACGCCUAGAAUUCUUGCGAUCCAAAGGCAUUAACGUCCAAAGCGAAGAAGAGCGUCAGCGAGAAAGAGAUCAGGUCGAAGAUAUCGUUGCUCGAGCUCGUCAAGAGGUUGAAGAGAUCAUGCAACGAGAACGUGAGGAUGCUAAAAAAGCACGGAAAGAGAGAAAAGAGAAGGGCGAAGACGAUCCUCUGGCUUGGGAUGAUAGUGACGACGAUAGCUAUGAGGAAAGUGAAAAAGAAGAACCAGUAGAAAUUGAGCUUUCCGGUUCGGAAGAAGGCGAUGAAGAUGACGAGAUGGACGAUGCUGAAAAUGAAGAUGAGGAUGAACCUACAGUAAAUCCCAUGUUCGAGGACGAGGCAGAAGAAAAUGGGGAAUCCGAGGAGGAACAGACACCUAAGGUUACCCGACAUAUAGUUUCGGACGAUGAAGCGGAGGAUGAACUUCCGGCGAUGAGAUCUCGCCGGCCGAAGAAGCAUGUGCAAAUCGUCUCAGAUGAUGAGGAUGAGAAUGGGGUCGAGGCGACUCCAAAGCCCAAAGCCACUCACUGGAAAUCUCCAUCUGCCGCCCACCUAAGCUCCCCAAAAAUCCCAACGUCUGUCUUGCGGUCUGCUACGAAGACCUUCAUUCCCGGACUCCCCGUUCCCUUGGCAGGACCAGCAGGCCUUGGACUCACUCAAAUUUUCGCAGGUACCAUGGACGAUAGUCAAAUCGGGACAGCUAGCGGAUCGCCAAUGCAGUUUACUGCUGGUAUCGACAACUUCCCCGACUCACAAUUCUCCGCUACAGCAGGUCAGUCCCAGAACGACAUGGUCACCGACAGCCAGAAAAUGCCUGAUUUAGAUACUCAAGCACGUGAAACACAAACCCAAGGCGUACAAUUGCACUUUUCACAGUCGCAAGUGCAUGGCUUCGACAGUUUGAUGCAAAUAAACGCAACACAAAUGACAGAAUUCAUCGAGCCCACUCAAGACGGUGGUUUCCAAGACUUCUCUCCGCUUAAGCAGCGAUUCAUCGACGCACCCCAAUCUACAGUUGAGACUGUAUUACAUAACGAGACACCUGACUACACGACUAUCCAAGAAUCUCCCCUUGUGAAGAGAGGGGGAAGGCUAGUACGCCGUAGACCUUCAACAUUAGUAUCUUCUACCUUGGCAAACCCCGAUAUUCCUGGAAGCCCUAGUCCCGCUUCCAAAGAUAUCGAAAUGGGGGCGAAUGCUGCAGCAAGCGCGUUCAAGGUGAUGGAAAAGGCGGCCAAGAGGAAGAAGCGCAUGCAGGAGAAAUUUGACAAGAAAAAGAGCAAAGCCAAUGAAAUGGUCGAGGAGCAAGCCGAGGAAUCUGAGGACGAGUAUGCAGGUCUUGGUGGGGCUGAUGGCGAAGACUCAAGCGAUGAAGACGAAGAACUAGUCAAGGAGAUGAUCGACGAUGCCGCUGGCAACAACGCUAAUGACGCGAAACUUGCUGGCUUCUUUGCUGAUCGAGAACGCGCAGCAGAUGCGGCCCAGGUCGACAAGCUGUUCCAUGAUAUCACGACCGGUAUGCUACGCAAGCGUCGCCGCGGUGGUGGUAAUCACGACUACGACCUGUCAGACUCCGACGAUGGAGGCGAGGCCCGACGACGCAUGAAGCGGCGCCAAUUCGCUAAGAUGCAGAAAGCGCUAUACGCGGACGAGCGCAUCGUCAAGAUCGCCGAAAACUCGCGUAACGCGGCAUUCCUUAAGAGUAUAGAAGACUUGGCCAGCGACUCCGACUAUGACUCUGGUGAUAACGUUGCGGAUUCUGCGCAUGAGAGCACGAGCGAGGAAAGCCAGAACCAGGAACAGAGUAAGAGUGCCGAAACAGCGGAACAGUCGAUUCCAGACAGUCAGCUUGUGGAUGGACGCAAACGUGCCCACGAGGAUGACCAUGCUGCACGCCCGCCGCCCAAUGUCCGGCGUACGAGAGGCGGCGUUCGUCCCACAUCGAUCACCGAUGUCCGAAGAGAAUUGUCCGAUCUCCUUGACGAGCCUAACGGUUCCGCCGCGUCUAUUAUCCCUGCUACGGAAAUAGGAUCUGAUGGCGAAGAUGAAGAGCGACCAAGAACUGCCUCUUCUAACAAGGAGAACCGAACCCCUGACGUCGCAGUCGUAGACCGUAUCAAGAUGAAGCGGGAUUCGUCAUCACUGUCUACGGCUAGCAACUCACGCCUAGCAUUCGCAGCGCCGUCGGCGUCUGGGACCGGCGGUUUCAAGGUCCCGGCGCUGCUCAGGCGCGCUACAACCAACUCGCUCAUGUCUAGUUCCUCAACAUCGUCUAGCGGCGCUAGUACCCCUGCUGGAAAUGCGCCAGGCUUAAGCGCAGGUAAGGCGGGAGAGGACGGCAAGCUACUCAAGAAGACCGCAGGGAAGCGUUCGGGCGUCAAUUAUUUCGCCAGGGAAACGGAAAGGCGGGCCGCAGUCGCGGACGCAGAGAAGAGGCGCGAGGCGAAGAAGUGGAAGGGCGCUGAGGGUAGGGGUAAAGUUGUUGGCGGGUUGUUUGGGGGCGGCAAGUUUGAAUAGAAUGGAAGUAGGUUUUGCUUUGCCUAUGUGAUGUUGCUUCUACAUGGGCUUUUCAGGGAUUGGUGCUUGGUUCUCAUGGCAUAGGCGUAGGCGUAGAGUCUCAAUAGGGAGACAUUUGACGAAGAGCAGACAUCUAGUCUUGAUUAAUUUGAAACGAUUCCAUUUAUGAUGUAACUCUUAAU